CAUUGCACCGCUCCUCACUGCCACGCCCUCCGCCCCCUCCAUCCACCGCCAGCCGACGCAUACUUGUGCUGUGAAGAUCCCCGCCGUGGCAUCAUAGCGAUCACCGCGUGGUCGGAAACUACUCGAAACUCUAGCCUCCACCGCCGACGUCUGAGCUUCGGAGUCUUGCUCGACCUCUCAUCGGAGGAAUACAGCACCACACCACUCCUCACCACACCGCGCCCGUUUUGUCUCCUCCUCGCCGUCGUCCCUCACGAGGGAUCUCUCCACCGACACCAUGGCCACGGGACUCAUCUCCUCCCGCAAGCGCGGCCCUUCGAUCACACAGCGCCUUCCUCAUGCCUUGACGACGAAUUUCCCCGACAUCUCCUCCCUCAUGACCGGCCUUGCCAACACCUUCUCCUCACACUCCUCACACGUCGAGACGCCGGCCGAUGAUGGCGAGAUCGUGUGCUGGUUCCUCGACAUGCGUUCAUUAUGGCCCACCGCUCGUUCGGGUCAGCACAUCUGGAACAUGCCCGGCGCGGCCGAUACCAUGAGUCUGAUUUCCGCGGCCGAGCAGAAGACCAUCUCAGGCAAGAUGUUUGCUCAAGAUGCAAAGAUGUCACUGGGAUCUGCGCUGCUGAAGCGGCUAUUUAUCAGUCAAGCGCUGGACAUUCCAUGGAGCGAGGUCAAACUGGCGAGGAAAGGGGAUGCAAAGCACGGAAAGCCUUGUGCUGUAGACGAGGCCGGGCGGCCUAUUGAGGGUAUCGACUUCAAUGUGUCGCAUCAGGCGGGAUUGGUGGCGCUGAUCGGCUGGAAUGGAAAGAAGCGACACAAGUACACACCGAGUGGGAGCAUCGAAGGCUACAUCUCGCCCGGCACCAACUUCUCCACCAACGUCAUGGUGGGCGUUGACAUUGUGUGUGUGAACGAGAGAGACGACUACCGGACCAUUGAUCAGGAAGGACUGGACGGCUGGGUCGACAUCUACGAUUUUGUCUUCUCCGACGAAGAGAGAUGGACCAUGAAAUAUGACGUGGACUACGUUACGCUCCUGGACGGCACACAUCUGACAAGAGACGAACUGGGCAGACACGAUCGAGAGAUCAAGCGCAACAAGCAAAUCACCCUCACAACACCUGCGGGCAAGCGUGUCACCUUCAACUCGGAUCUGCUGGUCGAUGCUAAGCUGAGGAGAUUCUACACCUUUUUCUGCUACAAGGAAGCUUACAUCAAGCUGGCCGGCGAAGCACUACUCGCGCCCUGGCUGAAACAGCUCGAAUUCUUCAAUGUCCGAUCCCCGAAGCCCGGCAUGCCUGCGCGAUGCAGCACGCAUGGGCAGUGGGGUGAAGAGGUCGAUGACGUCGAGGUGCACAUGAAUGGUCAAGAAGUGACCGAUGUCCGCAUGAAGAUCCAAUCGUACGAGGAGAGCUUCAUGGUGUCUACGGCUAUUCAAGGAGAAAUUCAAGGCUUGAAGGUGCCGGGCUUUACCAAGCUGGACCUCAAGAGCGAUGUUUUGAGCUACGCGCACAAACACUUGGAUGUCAGUCCGAGUGAAUUUGACUGAGAGAACGGAUCGGUCGUAUUGAAAUACAUCACUGGAAGCCAGAAACGAAGGCUCACCUGCCAAAUGGUGUGAGCUUGGUCUCGGAGACCGAGGAGUCCCGCCAAGCUCUAUUUCGGGAACACUGCUUUCACAUCUUCGGAGCCUCAGUGCGACACAAUCAUUGCUGCGUCACUUGGGCGUCUUGAUCGCUCGAGUCGCAAUUUUUGACAGCAUAAAAUGUGCCAAGAAUCAGAGAUCACUUUCACGAGUGUCUUCGGAGGAAUGCUUCCACAACUAUGGUUCCGCCGAGCUGAAUGAGGAUGGCGGACGGCUCAUUUCGAUCGGGCUAUCGCGGCGAUGUAAUGCACACAGGCUCCGCAAUGACUGUUUCCAUCGCCGAAAUCUGGAUCAGAUUGCAGACAGCGGCACGGAUGCGGACACCCACCGCCUUUCUCUACGAAGAGCGCGGGCGCAAUGGCGAGUUGUGAUUCACCGCGUCAGAUGAAAGACUCAUCUGCAAGUCAGACUUGAUCUGCCAUGGGUUCGCGCUUUCAUCAGUUGCCGCCGCCGAUGCUCCGCGACGUGUGAGGUGGAACGAUUGUUACACAAUUUGUGACCUCAUGAUGGGCUGAAAAUCUCGGAUCUCCGCAGCGACAAGCUGAGCAUUUGCGUGAUAUACUGCUGCGAUGCGGUACAGGCCAUCGACAGCGCAUGCAUACGGCUUUGCAUGCAUGAUGACAUGUCUUCUCUUCUUCAGCCCUAUGAUGGUUGUGGCGAUGUCGGAUCGACGUUGUACAAUGGCCACUCUCACCUACUUCGUAUGUCCACCUUUUACUCUUGUGCGCCUAUGGCUUCAGGUCGAACGGUGCACCAACAGAUUGCGUCGGGUGGCUGUGCCUGACUGGGCUGCGAUUGGGACCUGCAGCUUCCAUUUUGGGUGUGUUCCUACUUCGGCAUUUAUUUUGGCAAGAAGGAAGGCGGGACGCCUUACAUGAAUGGAGAUGACUGGCAAGGUAUGGAUGGACAAGGAUGAUGGCGUACUAUUGAUGAGUAAUGUUUGGUCGGAGAAUUAUCGAAGAGCUGGAUGUAUCUGGCUUAUGUACUUACCCAAACAUCAGGUACCA